ACUACGGAUUUUCACCGAAGAAAGUGGAUCGAAAAUUAAACAAAAAGUGGCUAUUGAGCGAAGCUUAAAUAUGACGCGAGGAAGACACAAGAAGAUGUUAAUAUUACUUGUUAUCUCCAUGGCGGUAGUAUUUGCGGAGCCUGAACCUUCGGAAGAACUUUACAGUAGAUUCGCAAAAACUAGAGAUGAAGACAAGUGUUAUGAUGACACUGGAAAGCCACAGAGGUGUAUACCACCUUUCGAGAACGCAGCGUUCAGCGUGACGAUGGAAGCAACGAACACGUGUGGGCAGGACAGGCCAACAGAGUUUUGUAAACAGACUGGCGUUCAAAAGAAGUCCUGCGAGAUAUGUCGGCCCGGCGAUCAUCCGGCCAUGUUCCUUACCGAUCACGAUAACAAUGACAAUGCGACCUGGUGGCAGUCCGAAACAAUGUUCGAGGGCAUCGAAUAUCCGAACCAAGUUAAUCUCACUCUUCACUUAGGUAAGACGUUCGACAUAACGUACGUCAGAGUGCUUUUCGAGUCACCGCGUCCGGAAAGCUGGGGCAUCUACAAAAGGAGAAACGAGGACUCGUCAUGGGAGGCUUAUCAGUUUUAUUCUGCGUCUUGCAGAGACAAUUACGGUCUGCCGGACUUGAAGGAGACCGUGAGAGGUGACGACACGAGGGUGCUGUGCACCUCGGAGUAUUCCGAUAUAUCACCCUUGACAAAGGGUACGGUUGCGUUCUCCACGCUGGAGGGUCGACCUUCCGCUUACUACUUCGAAACAAAUGCGGCGUUGCAGGAUUGGGUUCAAGCUAUAGACUUAAGAAUUACUCUGGAUAGACUGAACACAUUUGGUGACGAAGUGUUUGGCGAUGAUCAGGUAUUGAAAUCCUACUACUAUGCGAUCGCUGACGUCGCCGUUGGUGCACGUUGUGCCUGCAAUGGCCACGCGGGGGAAUGUGUAAACAGUACCAGCGUGGAUGGAAGAACUCGCAGAGUAUGUAGAUGUGAACACAAUACCGCGGGACCCGAUUGCAAUGAAUGUUUGCCAUUUUUCAACGAUGCACCUUGGGGACGGGCUACCACUACAGAUGCGCAUGAAUGUAAACCUUGCAGCUGCAACGGAUAUUCGGAGAGAUGCUACUUCGAUAAGGAACUGUAUAAGGCGACUGGCCACGGUGGUCAUUGCCUGGAUUGCCGAGCGAAUCGUGAUGGCGCGAAUUGCGAACGUUGCCGGGAGAACUAUUACCAGCGUCCAGAAGACAAUUACUGUGUUGCCUGCAACUGCAACGAAAUUGGUUCUAGAAGUUUGCAAUGCAACACAGAAGGGAAAUGUCAGUGUAAACCUGGCGUGACAGGAGACAAAUGCGAUCGUUGUGCGGCUAAUUACUACAACUUCGGUUCAUACGGUUGUACGUCCUGCGAAUGUGACACAGCUGGUUCAUUUGCGAACACACCAAAUUGUGAUCCUGUCAGCGGCACUUGCCGCUGUAAAGAAAACGUUGAAGGAAAACGUUGUCGAGUAUGUCGACCAGGGUAUUUCAAUCUUGCAACAGAGAAUGAAUUCGGUUGUACGCCAUGCUUUUGUUACGGACACUCGUCGGUGUGCAGACCAGCAACUGGCUAUUCCAAGCUUGUGAUCGAGAGUAUGUUUGUGAGAGCAGCCGAACGCUGGACAGCUACCGUUGCUGGAAACCCGAUACCGCUUCAUUAUGAUCCCCUUACUCAAACGAUAUCUGCUACGGCAUUGGACCGAGACAACGUUUAUUUCGUUGCCCCUGACAGAUUCCUUGGUGAUCAACGAGCGUCCUACAAUCAAGAUUUAUCAUUUACGUUGAGAAUUGGGGAGGCUGGUCCUGCGCCUACAGCUCGGGAUAUAAUACUCGAAGGAGGAAAUGGCGAACAGAUAACACAACCGAUCUUCGGGCAGAGCAAUCGUUUACCCACCGUGACGCCGCAAGUGUACCACUUUAAACUUCAUGAGCAUCAUAAAUACGGCUGGGAACCACAUUUGCCUGCUCGAGCCUUCAUGUCCAUCUUGUCUAAUCUAACUGCUAUAAAAAUUCGUGGAACCUACACUCAUCAAGGUAGAGGUUUUUUGGAUGACGUCAAGUUGGAAACAGCACACCGGGGGGCGGCAGGUGAUCCUGCCGAUUGGGUAGAGCAUUGUCAAUGCCCCCACGGCUACGUGGGUCAGUUUUGUGAAUCAUGUGCACCUGGAUUCCACCACGACCCGCCAAACGGUGGUCCUUUCGUUCUUUGUGUUCCAUGCAAUUGUAACGGUCACGCAGAUAUUUGUGAAGCUGAAACUGGUCAGUGUAUUUGUCAGCAUAACACGGCGGGUAGCAACUGCGAAUUGUGUAGACGCGGAUAUUACGGCCAUCCGUUAAAGGGCACACCCGACGAUUGCAAACCGUGUCCUUGCCCUGACAAUGGGCCGUGUAUAUUGCUUGGCAAUAAUCCGGACCCCAUUUGCUCCGAAUGUCCAUUGGGUAGGACGGGACCCAGGUGUGAAACGUGCUCGGACGGAUACUUUGGAAAUCCCGAGAAGGGCAUAGCUUGCAGACCUUGCGACUGUAACAACAAUAUCGACUUGAACGCUGUUCGAAAUUGCAAUCACGAGUCUGGCGAAUGUCUGAAAUGCGUGAAUAAUACGGCUGGUUUUCAUUGCGAGGAGUGUCUUCCCGGCUAUUACGGAGAAGCGCUGUCCGAUCGGAAAGAAGACGGAUGCAAGCUGUGUCAGUGCUAUCCACCGGGCACGGUCGAACUUGACGAUGGUAGAGUAGCACCCUGUGAACAAUUGACAGGCCAAUGUAAAUGCAAACCGCACGUAGUCGGUCGCAACUGUGACAAAUGCGAGGAAGGGUAUUAUCACAUAUUGAGUGGGGAAGGAUGCGCACCAUGCAACUGCGAUCCAGAAGGUUCCUACAAUCGUACAUGCAAUCCCAUUAACGGCCAAUGCGAAUGCAGACCUGGCGUUACCGGCCAACGUUGUGACGCCUGUCUUCCGUAUCAGUAUGGUUUCAGCAGAGAAGGAUGCAAGCCUUGCGAUUGCGACAACAUCGGCUCGCAGGAUUUACAGUGCGAUGCCAAUGGGCAGUGUCCGUGUCUUACAAAUGUCGAAGGACGAAGAUGCGAUCGUUGCAAAGAAAACAAGUACAACAGACAGAAUGGUUGCGUCGAUUGUCCAGAUUGUUAUAAUCUCGUUCAAGAUGCUGCCGACGCUCAUAGAGAACGUUUGACUGAACUGGAGAACACGCUCAAAAAAAUUAACAGUAGCCCGACUGUUAUAAAAGACACGGACUUUGAAAAGGAAUUGCAGAAUAUUCAGACCAAAGUGAAAAAUCUCCUGAAGAUUGCGAAACAGGGAUCUGGCAGCGAGAACAAAACAUUGGUAGAACAAUUGGAUGAGUUGCGCGAUCAGUUGAACGAAAUUAGCGAUGUCUCGCAAACAGUGGUCUUGACUGCUUCCGAGGCACAGAAAACCACUUCUGAAGGAUUGAUGAGCAUCGACGAAGCAGAAAAAGUGCUCGACAGGAUUCAUGCUCAGUUAACCGACGCAGAAGAUUAUUUGGCCACGGACGGGGCAACUGCUUUGGCUGAUGCAAAGUCCCGCGCGGAACAAGUCGGUCAACAGAACAAACAGAUGACUGGAAUCGCACAAGAAGCACGCGUAUUGGCAGACUCAAAUGUCGACGAAGCUAUGAAAAUUCAUACCCUGGCGGAACAAGCUCGGAAUACAACUAUAGAGGCUUACAAUCUUGCAAAGAAGGCUAUAUCAAAAUAUUCUAACCUGACCGAGGACAUUAGAGGCUUGGAAAAUAAGUUGGAAUUACUAGAGCACCGCAUGAACGAGGUGAAAAAUCUUACCAGCAUAGCGGCCACUAAAUCGUCGUUUGUGUCUAAGGAGGCGAUAGAUUUAUUGAUUCUAGAUUUGACGCUCCCAACCAUUGACAUCGAGCAGUUACGAAAUCAAGUCGAUAAUGUCAAUGCCGAGGGAUUGCGAUUAAAAGAGCAAGCACAAUUGUUAUUAGAUCGUCAUGAAAGUCUGAUUAACGAAAUGGUAGAGAAAGUAAAGAAAAGCGAGGAAUUAAUUGAAAGAGCGCAGGAUCAGCAGGCAGCGACUGCUGAACUCUUGGCGGAAUUGGACGGAGCCAAUGAAAAAGCGAAUGAUGCUGUAAAACGAGGCGAUCAGACUUUGAAAGAAGCUCAAGAAACAUUGAAGAAAUUAAGUGAAUUUGAUGCCGAAGUACAGCGUGAACGUAUCAAGGCACAAGAAGCUCUGAAAGAUCUUAAAGACAUCGAGACCAUGAUUAUAGACACGACAGAGCUAGCUGUACGAGCUGAAGAAAUAUUACGUGGAUCUGAAGAUAACGCCAAAUAUACUCGUAAGGUGGCCCAAAAUGCUCAGACAUAUGCACAGGAGGCUAGUGCAAAGGCAAAUGCUAUUAGAACUGAAGCAAACAAGACUAAAAUAGAAGCACUUCGUGUUGGAAAUGAAGCUGAGAAGCUGCACCUCAGAGUUGACACUACAGACUCCAUGAUGAAACAGUACGAAAUUCAAAUUGGCCAGGACACAAAUAUCACAGCGGAAGCAUACCAUAAAGUUGGUCAAGCGAAGAACAAUGUAACAUUAGCAUCGCAACAAGUGGAUAAAGCUUUAGACGAAGUAGCGGAAAUUAUAAAGGAGCUUGAAAAUCUGCCAGAAAUAGACGACGCUGAUUUAAAUCGUUUGGAAGAACGUCUGGUGGCAGCUGAAAAAGAGAUUGCUGCCGCAAAUUUGGAUCAAAGAAUCCGGUCGUUAACUGACGCAAAGAAUUUGCAGACACAAUGGGUGAAGAAUUAUGAAAACGAAGUUAGCAGAUUAAGAAUGGAAGUUGAAAAUAUUAGCGACAUAAGAAAAGUUUUGCCAAAAAGGUGUCACAAGCAUGUACGAUUGGAACCAUAA